AGCGGCUUCAGGUUAACCUUGACAUACAGAGAGAGAGGUGCAGCACAGCCAGAUAUGUGGCACCUGGGCACACCUGCGUCCCAGACACCUGAGAUGUGAGAACCCCUUUGCUCUGGGCUGCAGGAGCCAAACCUGCCAGGUUGGCCACAGAGGUCUCUCUCGUCGUCCACCCCAUCUCUUCUUUAUGUCGCUGUUCGCUGACAACGACUGAACGGGGCCACCCAAGUGUCGGGAAGGAGUGUCGAAGACCAAGAGGACAGGGUGCCGGAGUUCUUUCAAACAGCUGCCAUGGCAGAAAACAAUCAUAGCUGGUGGAAACUGACCUUCCUUCGGAAGAAAAAAUCCACCCCCAAAGUCUUGUACGAAAGCCCCGAUAUCUAUGCUGUCGCCAACAAUGAGAACCAGCAAGAAAGUACCCUCGCAGCUGGGGGCGGAGGUGGAACUGAGGAACAUGAACUCAAUGCCCGGCUAGAGAAGAUUGUCGACAAGAACACCAAAGGGAAACACGUCAAGGUCUCCAACUCAGGCCGCUUCAAGGAAAAGAAGAAAGUAAGGACCACGUUGUCAGAGAACCCCAAUAUCUUUGUGGGCAGUCAGCAGGAUGAGAAAUGAAAGUGUACGAAGGCAAGAGGUCCCCUCAAACGUCCUCAUUUGAGGACCUUUCCGCUGACCAUAAGGAGCAACUGACACAUUCAUGGCAUUAGUUCUGCAAAUGCAGUUAACGACAGGCCAUCCUCGGUCGUAGAUUCACGUCCCAAUUUCCAUUGGAAAAGAAGAGAAUUAACUUUAUUAUUGUUGUUGUUUUUUAAUUUAAGGAAUAAAGCUAAUUGCAUAUUUAAAAAUG